UGCUUGCACAUUUUCUCUUCAAUUCUUCCUUGUUCCAACAACAUAAAAUGGAGAGUACAGCAGCAGAGAGAAGCUAGAAUUGUUGUCGAUAUGGCUUCCAAAACCUUCCUCUCCAAGUUCUUCCUCUCCUUCUACCGCUCCCUUCGCUCCAACUGGCCAUUGCUAUCGCUUCAUCGGUCGUCCACUAAAGACCACCACCGACAACAACAACAACAACUCAAGCCUCGGCUCUCCGACUCGAUCGGUGGCAAAUCUUUGGUGGUGGUGGGCGUCGAGGGCGGCCUCCUUCGGUCCUCCUCCACCUUCUGCUACUUCAUGCUCGUCGCCCUCGAAGCCGGCUCCAUCCCCAGAGGCCUGCUCCUCCUGCUCCUCUAUCCUCUCCUCUGCUGCCUCACGCGAGAAGCCGCCAUUCAGGUCAUGGCGCUGGUCUCCUUCGUGGGGAUCAAGGAGGAGAAAUUUCGGGCAGGGCGAGCGGUUCUGCCCAAGUUUUUCCUGGAAGAGAUGCGAUCGGAGUGGUCGGAGGUGCUCGACGAGGCGAAGCUCAAAGUCAUGUGCGUCAGCCAGAUGCCGAGAGUAAUGAUAGAAGGCUUCCUCAAGGAGUAUCUGGAGGUGGAGACGGUGGUGGCCAGGGAACUCAAGGUAUUUGCCGGGUAUUAUACCGGCUUCAUGGAGGAGGAGGAAGGAGCUGGCUACCACGACGGAGUCUCGCUGUCGGAGAAGAUGAUCAUGGCAGCUCCUCACCAUCUUCUUUCUCAAUGCAAGGAACUGCAGCUGGUGAGAGGAGCAGAGAAGAGGAAGUGGCGUCCCGUGCCGCCGCCAAGAGUCGCCGCCGGGGCGUUCCCCAACCCUCUCGUCUUCCACGAUGGCCGCAUGGCCUUCCUCCCCACCCCCUCUGCGACGCUUGCGAUGUUCCUCUGGCUCCCCUUCGCCCUCCCGCUCCUCCUCCUCCGCUUCCUCAUCUUCCUCUGCCUUCCAUACUGCAUCUCCGUCCCCCUCGGCGCCGCCACCGGCAUGAUCAACCGCCUCGUCCGGCUUCCCUCCGCAGGGUCCUCCGGGGGAGGCCGCCUCUACGUCUGCAACCACCGCACGCUCCUCGACCCCAUCUACGUCUCCGGCGCCCUCAACCGCGCCGUCGUCGCCGUCACCUACAGCGUCAGCCCGGUGUCGGAGGCGCUGUCGCCAAUCAAGACGGCGCGGCUGGCGCGAGACAAGGAGGAGGACCGCCGGCGGAUGGGGCGGAUUCUCGGGCGGGGCGACGAUCUGGUGGUGUGCCCCGAGGGGACCACCUGCCGCGAGCCCUACCUACUCCGCUUCAGCCCUCUCUUCGCAGAGCUGGCGGAGGAGGUGGUCCCCGUCGCGCUCGAGGCCUGGGUCACCAUGUUCUACGGCACCACAGCCAGUGGGUUCAAGUGCCUCGACCCGUUCUACUUCCUGGCCAACCCGUGGCCGCAGUACGAGGUGGAGUUCCUGCCGGCGGUGGCGACGGGGGCGAUGGUGAGGGAGGGAAGGAGCAGCUGCGAGGUGGCCAACCUCGUGCAGGGCCAGAUCGGGGCGGCGCUGGGAUUCCGGUGCACCGCCCUCACCAGGAAGGACAAGUACAUGAUGCUCGCGGGGAACGAUGGGGUCGCGGUGCGGCAUCAGAAAAAGAAGCUGCAGCGAUCGUGAGCCGCCGGAUGAUAUUAUGGAAGAUAAUAAAUUUGUUGAUUGCUCAAAUAAAUCUGUUGGAUGAUACCGAUAGAUAAAAAAAAAAAAAAAGUAUAAUGUGAGUGUAUAUGAAACGCAGAAAGGUAAACAAGAGCAUUAUAAAAAGUGUAAUU